CCCCGCCGCCGGCCCCGGGGCCGGGCCGGGCGGGAGCGGCGCGGCAUGGCGCUGCGCGGCUGCCUGCGGUUCGGGCGGGGGCUGCUGCUGCGCGCCGCGGGGCUGCGGGGGCCGCCCGCCCGCGGGUGCGUCGCCGGGGGCCGGCCGCCGGCCUUUGGGUUCCUCUUCGAUGUGGACGGGGUGCUGGUGCGAGGCAGCCAGGCGGUGCCCGCCGCCCGUCAGGCCUUCCAGAGGCUGGCGGACAGCAGCGGCCGGUUUCGGGUGCCCGUCGUCUUCCUGACCAACGCCGGCAACUGCCUGAGGUCGGCCAAGGCCCGAGAGCUCUCCCAGGCGCUGGGGCUGCAGGUGUCUCCGGAGCAGGUGAUCCUGUCCCACAGCCCCCUACGUCUCUUCAGCCAGUUCCACCACAAGUGCAUGCUGGUGGCCGGGCAGGGGCCCGUGGAGGAGAACGCCCAGAACCUGGGGUUCAAGCACGUGGUCACCAUAGAGGCACUGAGGAAGGCAUAUCCCCUGUUAGACAUGGUGGAUCAGAGCCGGAGACCAAAGGAACUGCCUCCUCCAACCACUGGCUUCCCCACUAUAGAAGGGGUGAUUCUGUUUGGUGAGCCAGUGAGGUGGGAGACAAGCCUGCAACUUAUUAUUGAUGUACUCUUGAGCAAUGGGAAUCCUGGGGCAGAGCUGCAAGAUAUACCAUACCCCCAUCUGCCUGUCCUUGCCUGCAACAUGGAUCUCCUGUGGAUGGCCGAAGCCAAGAUGCCCAGGUUUGGCCAUGGCACUUACCUUCUCUGCUUGGAGAACAUCUAUAAGAAAGUGACAGGCCGGGAGCUGAAGUACGAAGCCUUGAUUGGCAAACCUAGCACAGUCACCUACCGUUAUGCUGAAUACUUGAUAAAACAACAGGCAGAGAAACAGGGCUGGAAGUCUCCCAUCCGACGCCUCUAUGCAGUUGGGGAUAACCCGAUGUCCGAUGUCUAUGGGGCAAACCUCUACAACAACUACCUCAAGUCAGCUCACCAGAACCAGGUCCAGGCUGGGGUGAAGAGGAGCCUGCAGGCAGCCAGUCCCCAAACUGAGGAUCACCUCGAGCUGUGGAAGGACUGCAGCAAUUCAGUGGAGAGUUGCGAGUCGAUUCUGGUCUGCACUGGGGUCUACCGCCACAACACAGAUGUUCCCAGUAAAACGGAGGAGUGCAUGGCAGAGACGGUGUUCCACGGCCAUCGGGACUUCUGCUUUGACCCCAGCCUGGUGGAAGCAUCUCACAUAGUGCAGGAUGUGAAUGAUGCUGUGCAACUUGCUUUCACAAAGGAGAACUGGAGCUAGGGUUAAGACAGGUGUGCCUAAAGAUCUACCGUCAGGAAUUUUAUGUACUGCAAAGGGAAGAAGGGAAGAACGGGAAGAGACCUGGGGUGAUCUUCUAAUCUAGCCAACGUGAAAGAAAACUCCCUGUCUCAGCACUAAAAGUCCCUUGCUUUUAUUGAUCUGCAAUCCUGACAGCUGCCAGCAGGCUUUCAACUGUGAGUGUUCAUUGCUGCCAUCAACAAUUGAGCCAUAAUGGAAACAGUGUAUGAGGAGAAGGCUUGUCCCAGCAAUCCCAGUUUUAUUCAGCCAUCAGAGUUCUUUUCUUUUCCACCCUUUGUUCAUGAAGAUCAGGCAAGCCCACCCUCCUCCUCACGAUGUGUAUGAGGAUGAAGGUCUUUCCUGUGCAAAGAGCUGCCAUCAGCCAACAUACCAUUUGUACAAUGUACUAUUCGUCCAGUCUCUGACGUGAGCGCACCAGAACCUGUGUUGUGGUGGCACUCUGCCAAGGGAAGGCUUUAAGUCAUAACAUUCUCCUUAUGAAGAAUAAGUGCCUAUGGACUUUAACAAAUUCUGUGUGCUUGGGGAUUUGCCACUGCAUCACUGUCAGUCUGAAACAAAGUCCCAUUUUGCAGUCCUCUGGCAGCUAUGGAGAGGCAGGGCCCCUCAAAGGAAGCUGCAGUAGCCAGAGCAACUUGCUGCAGGGCUGAGGGGAAAGUUAUGUUAUUCUGUUCCCCCUGUUUAGCAUUCUGUGAACACUUCUGCCUUUUCACAUCCCACUAGGGAGCCAGCAGCCUACUCUUAAUAACACAGGAAACCACCACAGAGUCUGAAUUCCCAGAAGUGUCUUUGCCCAGAAGUCAGUGUUGCAGCAAGAGGCUGUUUUGGCACCCAUGCUGACCCUGACCAUUGCAAGGGACACCCCCCUGCUCCAGCUGGCCCAGCUUCCAGAGAGGGGCCAACCAGAAAGAGUCACAGCCUGCCUUUGCUUCUUCCUUGCAUGUAAGGACUCAAAGAAGAGAUCAUCAAGCCAGGAUGGUACCUGAGCCCCAGAUCCCUAAUCCCCAUCUUUAAGAGUACAAAUGUAUCUGUCCUUCACUUCCUUUUUUCCUCUCUUCCCUUGUGUGGUUUGCAACUCAGGGAUACCCCACGUGGUCUGAUCCCUGUUCCCUCCUCUUCCUUUAGCAUGUGGAUAGAGUCCCUCUUACAUGAAUUAGCAGCUGGGACUUGCCUGCCCAGGAACAUUUCCAUAUCUCUAAUAACAUGCACCUUCCAUCACCUCUGUUUUCCUAGCUUGGGCUAUCCAGAGAAAGAUCAAGCCCUGUGUCUCCUUUGACAGUCCAAAGAAGUUAAGCAAGAAUUGCUCAAGAAAAUCCACUGGCUCAGCAAAGAGCGUCUUAAUUCCAGAGGAGCAUUGUAAUUUUAGAAGCAUAAAUCAGGCUGUGUACGUGCCUUUGGAGCCAGCACAACUGAGUUGGUGUUCCUAGUUAUGCUCAGCUCACACCACACAGAGAUCAGAAAUAGGUCUGCUCUGCCUCCUCUUUCUUUCUUCCUGCUUUACCAGGCAGCUCCAUAUACAGAGUACAAACAAGAUGUUCUGCACAGAAGUUUGAAUUGUUCUUAAUUCAAAUCUCAGCAUCUGUGUGCACUGACAUUCUGCUUCAGCAGCUCUCAGUCCUCUCGAUACUGAUAUGUCUUCCUAGGAAGGGCUCACUGCAGAGCAGGCUCUGUUCUUAUGUUAUGCCAGGCUCUGCGUCUGAAGGGGACUGGGUGCUCUGUCAGUGACCCAGGCAAAGAGGUCCUUCUCUGUGGCUUCUUUCUCUAUCCUUUAUUUGAUGAAUAGGAGCAGAAAAAUACCUCUUUGGAUGAAUUUCCAUCCUGUGAAAUCCAUAGUGGGGAGCAGUCUCUUCCUCAAUUAGCACUAGCUGGGGGGGUUCUCCUUUGUCCUAUCAGGACAAGAAUCGCUUGGCUGCUUCUAAAAGCAGCUGUAAUCUGAGGAACACAGUCUCGGAUUUGAGUCCUUUGCCUUUCACUGGAGAGGAAAAGAAAUUACCAUUUCAUCUACUUGCAGAAGACAAGGGCUUGUCUCCAGUUUCCAGAAGGAUAAGUACAGGGAGGGACUUUGCAUAUAACAUAGGGAAGGCCCUUUAGCUUUCAUAGCAUAGACCCAGUGUGCAAGGCCUGAAACUGGGGGUCCAAAACCCAUUUAUUCAUAAACUAGCUCCAGCGUCCCUCAGCCUCACUUUUCAGAGGUGACAUCCAGUGCACAAAGAGGACCGCUCCCUUUCCUUGCAAUAUUUACUAACUCGGGUGAUAACUUUCAUAGGAUUAAUUUGGAACUGUCUUCUAGGCUGUGAUUACAUAGACCUCAGAGCUGGGCUGGCAAUAAUGCCUUCAGUUUGGUAGGUAUUUACCUGCAGAAAUACUAAGGUCUAUCACUCUGUGUGCAGGAAGCUUUGGCAGAACUCUUUCUUGUUACUUGUUAAGAUUCGGGUGCCAGUUACUCAAAAACACGGUGCUGCUGAACCCUGAGGGGUGUAGCACUGCUGAAUCAGCUAUCCCAAAUGGAGCCAAGUGCACUGGCUGCCACUUCGAUGAUCACAGUAGCUUUGUGGAAGGAACGUGCAGAAUAAUUUUGAGAAAUUGCAAGCAAUUUGUAAUUUCCUAUCAGCAUGCAUGGCACAUCUCAGCCAGAAGUGAGGUAGGUAGCAAGAGGAAGGAGGGAGCACCUCCUUCAAGAAAGGAAGAGAUUUGUAUUUGCAUGGAGAGUGAACCAGGCAUCUCCAUCUUUGGAAGAGCAGUGAAGGUGAGCUGACGGAUGUGAAUCUGCUUCAGAUUCUAAAUUUGCUUUUAACUCCAGUUUUGUUUUUUCACCAUGGUAGUGUUGAAACAGUGCUCUGGAAGUCUUAAAAAAAUGUGUAGGAGGAACUUCAGUGAUAAGGAAUUUAAGAAAUGUUUCACUUAUGAGUUGAAAUUGAACAGAAGGGAGAAGAAGCCUAGAAGAAUCUUGUACCCUUUCCCCACUUCUUACCAAGUAAAGUUACAUAAAAGGCUCUGCUUGUUGGUCUGUGCACUAACUGGUCAGAUGGGCUGCCCUUGGUCUGAGCAACGCUGAGACCUUUCCCCACUUCCCCUGCUCAGCUCCUUGAAACAAUGCACUUUGUCCAAGUCACUGCCUAGGAACUGCAUGGACACAGCGGAUGGAGUAGGAAAUCUGGGUUCUGCAGCUGCCGUUGGAUACUGACUUGAUUGUGGAGUAUUUCUUCAAAUGAUAGCACGUGCCAGGUCUCCUCUGUUCCGUGAGUUUUGUGCUAGAGUGUUGUGCAGGCUUCUAGCUUAUCUGCCGUUCGCUUAUGGACAUCUGUUAUUGCUAGAGUUCAGUGAAAUCUUUCUUCCUUGGAAUUGCAGUUUCCUGGAAUUAGCUUCAAGUGUGGCUGGAACAAAACUUUUCCUUUGUCUCAUGUAUUGCACAGAAAUGGUAUUUCUGAAGACAUUUUUUCAAUUCAGAGCAAGCAUACUUCUGUGCAGAUUAUGGGACCAAGCAGGAGAGGGGACCUCACUGGCUGAAAUCUUAAUAUUUAUAUGGUGCACUGCCCUGUACAACAAACAUGGUGAAGACCCAGUCCUAAGAACUCUGUCUUCCACAGAUGGAUGGGUUUUAGUAAAGCCCAAAAGGAGUAUGCAGUGAGGUGAAGCUACUGAGAAUAGCAGGGAGGAACCAGAGGACCUUGUUUUGGAUCUGAAGCAGAGAGCUUUUAUGUCAUGCAAUAACACAGCGGCCAGAGGGGUCAAUUCCUUUAUUCCACAGGACACAUGCAACUGCUAGCCCUGGCAUUCAGGGAGUCACAUAACACUACUGUCCCCUUUCUUCCAAUCUUAAUCCUGGUGUGUCUUUUUCCCCUCCAAUAAAUGGGUGAUGUUUCAGAUUACGUACGUGCACUGUAGCAGAGUGAUUAUGUAUCAUACAGAGAAAUCACAAGCUGUGAUUAUUUUAGAUUUCGUAUUAAUUUCAACCCAGUUCUAGAGUUGCUCCUUUGAUCUAGCACAUAUAUAAAAUAAUAAAAGAGGUUUUCUUUGAAAUAAAUUUUAACUUGCU